UCGCCCUGUAUAUCUUUCUUACUAAUCUUUCCAUUUUCAAAUGGCUCUACGUUCAUUGGCCACCAGAAAAGCCCUAACCUUGGGACUCAGCUCGACGAGGCUGGCUCAGUCUCGUGCAUUGCAGACCUUCUCGCUCCCUGAUCUUCCCUACGACUAUGGCGCACUUGAGCCGGCCAUCAGUGGAGAGAUCAUGCAGCUCCAUCACCAGAAACAUCAUCAAACUUACAUCACUAACUAUAACAAGGCUUUGGAGCAGCUCCAUGAGGCUAUCCAGAAAGGUGAUUCUUCCACCGUCGUUAAGUUGCAAAGCGCCAUCAAGUUCAAUGGCGGAGGUAAAUUUUUCUUUGUCUUUUUUUUUUUUUUUUGUGUACUCUGGAUUAUGAACACACUUUGUAUGAAUUUUACAAUGAUGCUGUUUGCUGCUUUGCAGGGCUCUGGUUGGGUGUGGCUUGGAGUGGACAAGGAAUUCAAGAAACUUGUGAUCGAAAUAACUGCAAAUCAGGAUCCACUUGUGACUAAAGGGGUACAUUUAGUUCCUUUGCUUGGCAUAGAUGUUUGGGAGCAUGCAUAUUAUUUACAGUACAAGAAUGUUAGACCAGAUUACCUGAAGAACAUAUGGAAUGUCAUCAACUGGAAAUAUGCAAGUGAAGUGUACGAGAAAGAAAGUGCUUGAGCUCGGAACCCUUAACGUAUAGAAUGAAGAAGCACCUGAUUUGCUGCUGCCUUGUGGUUGGCAAACGGAAUAAUAAAGAUGUAUUCUUAAGACGAAAUGGCCCUUUCAUUUCAAAAGUUAAUAAUGUUUAGCUUUAUGCUUCAGUAUAUUGUAGCUUCCUUUGAGAAUUAUACUUGACCCCUGCGCUUGAGUUUUUGCUUGACCGUUUGAGGUGAAUAGCAUUUCAGUAAUCUUUUCAAUGUGCUGCUGAGUCUGAUGAAUGUUAUGAUAUUGAGCGGUUAUAUAUUCGGUUUAGGGUUCCUCAAUCAGUGGAACUGCCAUUAUU